CAAAUUACAAAGUUUAUCAAAGGUAUCGAAAACGAAUUUGAGGCAUCACGUCAAACUGCACACUAUUAAAUUAAUAAGUUUUAAGAGUAUAAUGACUGUAGAAGCUUCACGAGGUCAUGAGCUUAGAGUAAAACAAAGCCCAGUUAAGAUCGAGUUCUACGGCAAUUUAAGGAAAUGUAUUUUUCUGAAACCAAAAGACAAUCGAAGUCCAGUCAAGACAAAGCCGUACCAAUGAAAGGUAAAAUAGCCUAAAAGACUGGACAUUGGAUGCCAGCAGAUCCUUCGGAUGAAAUACCUGGACCACAGGUUCCAAAAACAGAACUGGAAGAGUUGCAAAUUAAGUCACAGGGUGUUGCAGAUGAGUCCCUGGAAAGUACUCGGCGCAUGCUUGCUCUCUGUGAAGAGAGCAAGGAGGCAGGAAUACGUACACUUGUAGCCCUUGAUGAUCAAGGAGAACAACUUGACCGAAUUGAAGAAGGCAUGGAUCAAAUUAAUGCCGACAUGAGAGAGGCUGAAAAAAACCUGAGUGGUAUGGAAAAGUGUUGCGGCAUUUGUGUACUACCCUGCAAUAAGAGCCAAUCAUUUAAAGAAGAUGACGGUACAUGGAAGGGUAAUGAUGAUGGAAAAGUUGUUAACAAUCAACCACAAAGGGUAAUGGAUGAUAGAAACGGAAUGAUGGCUCAAGCUGGAUAUAUUGGGAGAAUAACAAACGAUGCAAGAGAAGAUGAAAUGGAGGAAAAUAUGGGUCAGGUUAAUACCAUGAUAGGUAAUCUCCGAAAUAUGGCCUUGGAUAUGGGCUCUGAGCUAGAAAAUCAAAACCGCCAAAUAGACCGAGUUAAUCGCAAGGGUGAAUCUAACGAAGCAAGAAUAGCAGUAGCUAAUCAACGAGCCCACCAGCUUUUAAAAUAAGCCGAUCUCAAAAUAACAGCAUGUAUAUACCAAAAAUUGUUUAAGGGUAUUCAGUGUUAUACAAAAAAUAUAAGAUUCUUGUAACUGCUUAGUGCUCCAACAGUUGUAAAUAAUAUGAACAAAUUAAACAAAUCAUUUUUUGACUAUUAUCAAGCAAUGUUAUACAAUUUCAU